GAAGGAGCGUGAUGGGUAGCUAGUCAGGAGAAAAGAGUAAAGAACAUCGGCCUUUGUCCGCUAUUUAGCGUUUGUUUUAAACACCACCACUUUUUCACCAUUUUACGGCGACUUGCGCGAGUUUGGCGAUCGUUUGAUUUGAGUUUUGCUGACCAGAUCAAUCGCGAGUGUCUCAAAGUUUAAUGGAGGCGGAAAUUUAGUCGAAAAUUGCAACUGCGAAGAAAAAGUCGCAAAAGGAAGUAAAAGGUCUUUUUCAUCACGGCUAGCAGAUUGUGAAGAAAAAGUGGAAGCGCUCACGUAAAGGAAAAGUUGGCUCGUGUGAGAGUAUUGGUGUCAGCGGUCUCUCUCGUUCCAACGUAUCGCUUUAUUGUGCUAGUGUUUGUGGCAUACAGCCGUUAGUUCGAUUGUGUUAGGUUUGAUUGAAACGGAUCGGUGAUUCCCUACUCAUGAAUCGGAUGCAGUCAUUUUGAAUCCCGAAGAUCACGCACUUGCUCGAUUUCACCAGUAAAAAGGAAGACAGCUGACUUUGGUAUUCUUCGCAAAUAUCAAAACACCGCAGUAGGGAUAUUUUUGGUUGGUGAAUCUGUGGCAGUCUGUCUACAAAGUUUUCGGGAUCACUCAGUGCGUCAAUAGAGGCCUUUCCGUUUCACAUUUGUAGUUGUGUGCUCUCCCAAAGGGAAAAGUACCAAGUGCAUACAGAGGUGAAGUAUACAUACAAGCGAGAAAAAAGAAGCAACAAGCAAACGACAAUGGUGGAAAGGAUUCUGGAAGAAACAUCUGAUGCAAAUAUAGAUUCGCGAAAUAGCGAGAUUGCCCGUUAUAGCAGCGAAGAGAUAUCGGGAAACGAGUCGAACGAGACACGACUGAUGACUGAAGCGGAGCGCCAGGCCGAUUUUAAUCGCCAUAAGGAAGAGAUGAAAUGCAAGCGACGCAGGAAGAAACGAGCAAGUUCUUCGAUGCAAUCGUCAUGCUUCCAAGAUUUGUACAAAUUAACUGGAGAAGUACUCGGUGAAGGUGCGUAUGCUUCAGUGCAAACGUGCAUAAACAUCUACACGGAGCUAGAGUAUGCGGUUAAAAUUAUUGACAAGAUUCCAGGGCACGCGCGAGCUCGUGUUUUUCGCGAAGUAGAAACCUUCCACCAUUGCCAAGGCCACCCAAAUAUCUUGCAGUUAUUGGAAUUUUUUGAAGACGAGGAAAAAUUUUACUUAGUAUUUGAAAAGAUAAAUGGCGGUCCUUUACUGACUCGAAUUCAGGAAAACGUGUGUUUCUCGGAGUACGAUGCUGCGCAAAUUAUCAAAGAAAUUGCUUCCGGUUUGGAUUUUUUACAUAAGAAAGGCAUAGCACAUCGCGACCUAAAGCCUGAAAACAUUUUGUGCGUAUAUCCCGAUAAGCUGUGUCCCAUCAAAAUCUGUGAUUUCGAUCUCGGCUCAGGAAUCAAAUUCACCACUAAUAUUUCAUCACCAACAGCAACCCCUCAACUAUUGACACCGGUUGGAAGUGCGGAAUUUAUGGCGCCGGAGGUGGUGGAUUUGUUUGUGGGAGAGUCGAACUACUACGACAAGCGUUGUGAUUUGUGGUCAUUAGGUGUGAUUGCUUACAUCUUGCUCUGCGGUUAUCCGCCGUUUUCUGGCAAUUGUGAACAAGAUUGUGGCUGGAAUCGUGGCGAAAAUUGCCGUACUUGCCAGGAAUUAUUAUUUGAGUCAAUUCAAGAAGGUCGAUUCAGCUUUCCAGAGAACGAAUGGGUGGAUGUAAGUGAAGAGGCUAAAGACUUAAUUCGGGGAUUACUCGUCAAAGAAGCGCCCAAGCGUCUGAGCGCUGGCGCUGUGCUGAAUCAUCCGUGGAUUAAAAUAACCGAUGAGGGCGACUGUAUUGACGGCGUGAACUCUGCUGCAAUCAAAGAGAAGCAGCGUCGGCGAGUACUGAAGACACCAGGAAUUAUCCGUCGUAAUCAAUCAGCGCGAGAAUUGUCGCACUUUGCAGAGUCUGCAAUGGCAGUGAAGCGAGUUAUUUUGCAGCAUUUUUCUAUGCGAUAUGACUAUAUGAACAAGGAACGACCUAACAUUUACCAUCAAUCGGUAGUUAAGCAGCAAGAUAUAGCUACUUCAUCGGAAAAUAAUAAUAGUGAGCAACCAUGUUCAAAAAUAUAUUUGGCGGAAAAAGAAGUGGCUGAUAGAGAGCAAGACGAAAAUUCGUCGGAUUUAUCUCGUACCGAAAAACAAAUUUGUGCAGAAUCGUUUGCACGAUCAAGCAUUAGUAAGGGUCAAGCAAAUGGUGAAAGCUACGAUACGGAUGAUGACGGUAGUUCGUUGGCACCCUCUCCAUCUACGUCACCGUCAUCGGUGUCGUCUUCGUCUUUGAAAGAUGAUCAACACAGCUCUUUGGUGUCCGAAAUUGUAACCGAACCUUUGCCGAAUACUGUCUUACCAUCCCCGGUUGUCAUUGUAUCUUGCACAGCUGGAGCAUUUUCUUCCAUGGCUGUUCAUUCUGUCUCUAGUAAACAUUGUAAUGAUAAAGAAAACAAUUCCGCCACCAUUGUACAACAGCAGCCGAAGCCUUUGGAAGUCAUUAAAGAACAGAAUACUUCUCCGUCCAUUACAUCUUGCUCGGUGAUGAUUCCACCAGAAAAAAAUUGGCGAUACCGUGGCAAUGAUAAUGAUGUAUAUAAAUUCAAGCAACCUUCUUCAAUCUUAGGUCCAAGCUACAAUAAUUCGGUUAAAGCCCGUUAUCAUCAGCCACAACAAUACCGCAAUUUUAGCUCAUAUUACAACUACUACAGCAAUCAUCACGGUAACCAGUAUCGCACUAAUGGAAUCAACGGUGGAACUGUUUGUGGUGCGACUGGUGGAAAAUCAUCCUACUAUCAUCGUCAGCCCAAGAGCAAUAAGGAAACGGGUAGUAUCGAUAUUCGCUUGCAUCAUGCUCAGCAGCGGUCAUGGCGAAGCCGUCGUAAUAACUACCAUAACGAUGAUGAUGACGAACUCGCUGAUGGAUCACCUUAUCGUCAUAUUAACGGCUAUGUUAGCAAUAAUCAUACUCGAUUAAAAUUAGCCAUGUCAGAUGACCCUGGCACUUUUACCAACAAUCCUAAUCACCAUCAGUACAAUCGUGGAGGUGUAGUCAAUCGGAUCAACGCCGAUGGCAACUAUAGUCCGCAGCAGCGGCAGCAGCCCUAUAUUAGCAAGGAGCUGGUUUCUAAAACUGGAACUGGUAGGAGCUACGAUAGUUGCGCCAAGGGCGUUGGAAAGGUAGUUAUAGUGGAAGGAGCAGGGCGCAAGCCUUCACAAAAUAGAAAUACUUUGAACUGUGAUCCAAUAACAAAUAAUACUACUAAUAAGCAUAAGAAUUAUCUUACAAACUCAAAUACAAUUGUUACCGCGCUGAAACGAGAGACGUUGAACGGCUAUCAAUCAAUGAUCGGUACGAUUGGCCAUCUGCGUAUUAGCGAUAUGUGUGACGAGUAUGGCAGCAAGGAAAAUAACAACACGAACGGAUUGACAGUGGGCCUCUCGCCUCCAAACGAGUCGAUGCUAAUGCAACGACGACUUUCGCUCAAAUCGCGCAGCAUUUGCAGUCCAGUAGCAGCAUCGAUGGAUCCUGCACAAGACAAGCAACUACAACAUCACGAUUAUCAACAGUGUCAUCAUCAAUCUCCACAUCAGCGACGCAAAUUUAAUCAACAGAAACAAGAACAACAAUGCCAAACGCCAAAAACAAUAAUCACAUCAACAAGUGGUUGAAUUUGGAACCGUUAGCAGAAAGUAAUCCCCUUACUCAAUUUUCUUAUAUUCCUUCCCAUGGAAAUUACCUUUACUGUUUCUGCGUUUUCUUUCUUUAUUACAUCUAUCAUCGCAUAACAAUCCUAUGUAACCAAAGUAGAUGGGGAUUGAUUUGUGACUGAGGCAAAAUUAGUUCAGUGCUACUUUCCGACGCGAUCCAUUUUUUGCAUCUUUGAUAAUGUACAUUUCACUUUUAUCUUUUUUUUUAAAUAUCUUUAAUUAUAAAGGUAGUAACGCUUUGAGAGAAAAUAUACGAAAGAAAAUUGUUUAGAAUUAGCACUUAUUCUCGCUAAAUAGGUUUCAAACUUAAACGCAGAAAAGAACAAAAAAGGAUGUUUUGUAACGAUUGCAAAUGUGGAGUUAAGGUGCAUUCAUGUAAUGAGCAGUUGAUAGAAAGACAAGUUGUUCUAAACUAUAUUUUAUUGGUUGCAAAUUUUUGUUUCUGACGACUUAGUAAUAACAGAGCUGAGGUGCAACUAAUAACCAAUAUUUACAUUGUCAGAAUCUGUUUUUUUUCUUUUCUAUUAAACUUGUAUAAUAUUCAAUGAAUAAAAACCAGGAGCAGUUACAGCGGUUUGUUUCACAUAUAGUGAUGAAACAUUGAAGGUAGAGCAAUGAAAUCAUUUGAAAUCGAUGAGGUGAUUUAAAAAUUGUGAUUCAUCAAAUGUUCAAAGGUCAUUCUACUUGGGAGACAAUCGUGUUACGCGUAUGAGUGAUAAUUUCCAUUUCACAUGUUAUUUGUGAAAUAACAACAAAUGGCCAUUUCGUGUGCGGAAAUAAUGAAAUGAUUUUCGUUAUUGAUUUACAACUCAACUGUGAGAUUAAUUGAAUAGUUUGUUAAAUAUCCAUGCUUUCUGUUUCGUAACCUGUGAAGUUUAGGUUACCUAUUCAGGUUAUCUAUACCUAUCAUUAUGCAUUUUAAAAAUUGAUGACCAUUUAAUCACAUGUUGAAGAUUUUCAAAUUACAGUUUUAUAAGAUUUUCUUUCUCCUGUUGAUAGAAAUAGGUAACAAGGCACAAUAUAUUUCCUACCGACUCAUAUAUCUUACAAAAUAAUACUAAUUUAUUGAGUUUUUUUUGGCAUUUAUCGAUGUCGAUUCGGUAAUUACCACUAGUAACCGUGAGUUUAAUUUCCUGUUAAUAUCGGGAUUUUUUCGGAAUUGAAAUUUUUACGGUCAGCCUUUAAAGUACAGUAUGCGUGUUUGAUAAAUUUAUCAUUACGGCAUGCAAAACGGUGUCAGAAGUAUUGUAUUGACUUUUUCAACUAAUUUGCACUACUGAUUAAACUGUCCGGGGCACCGCCAAACUGUAUAUGCAGCAUAUCUCAGAGAAAGAUUUCCAAAAAUAAUGUCGUUUUUUAUUCUAGUCAUGUUACAUAAUUUUGGAACCAACUUUCUAUUUAACGUAAAUUACCGAUAGCUCAAAAUUCACGUUGCUUUUAUUUCCAAUAAUGAACGUGCGGUGAAUGAAAACUUGAAAUAGUGAUUUUUCCAGCUUUUUCGUUUGUUUUCGGUAUCUAUUUUAAAAAAUAUUUGUAUAUUUAAAUUCUUAGGUGAAAAAUGAUCUUCGUAAAUUUUGCGCCAAAAGGUAUCAAAUUUGGGUAAAAAUGUUAUCAUCUACAAAAAGGACAAAUGAGGACAAAAUAGAAACACCUACCACAUCUACAAAACCAUCUUUGUCGAUUUUUUUUUUAAUUUGGUUUAAUAACAGUCAUGUCAAUUUCUGGAUAUUCAUAAAAUUGAUUUACCUUUUUUACCAUUAAAUAUUGGCAAAAGGCAUAUUAAAUACCGUACCAUUAUGACUUAAAUAAAUGAAGUAACUACGUUUUUACUAUUUGUUUAGUAGCGCUAAAAAACUAUUCUUCUUGCUGGAGGGUUAGAGCAAAUAUACUUGUUCUGAAUGUUGAAAAUGAACGAUGUGUGGGUGCAUAAUAAAAAAGAACACAGAUUUUACACUUAAUUGGACAGAGUGUGUACAUCGAUCGAUUAACGAACGUCAUUUUUUCACACAAUGACAAUCGCCCGAUUUUGCUUAUUUUGGCUCGAUUUUGAUAGCGAUGCGCACGCAUUUAAUGACAUUGGAGUUAUGUUUUGCAUUGUUAUAGAUUACAUAUUAGUUUUUAUAAUUUCUUUUUGAUGCUCUUGUUUCUAUUAAGGGGUUAUAUACAGUUAGAAUUUUCGAAAACUCGAUUUUCUGUUUAUUUCAUGAUCGUAGUAUACAUAUACUCAAGUGUUCACACAGAAAAUUUUAUGCCGAUCCGGCAAAUAUUAUCGAAGUUAUACGCAUAGUUGUAACGACGUGUCAGAGCGAUUGAAGAAGGAACGCGAAACUUUGAGCGCAUGUUUCUUGAAACCGUGUUUUCAAAGUCGGUGAGUAAGAUUUCUCGAAAACAGCUGAACCGAAUCACUUCAAAUUUUGACACAAGUUUUCUAAAUAUAUAUUCUACAGAUUAAUCGAAAGUCUUACCUCACCAAUUGAUAUUUUUUCGUUUUAUGGACAAUUUAAAAGCAAAAUUUAUGCCAAAAAUCGAUUUUUUAUGUUUUUACCAUUUUGUCAAAAAUGAUAGUAUUGCUAAAUUUUUCGAUCAAUCUAUAGAUAAUAUAUUUUAUCACCGAUUCCUUUUCGGUUUUUCGAUUUUCAAUGAUUCAGUCCAAAGAUAUCGUGCUCACCGCAAGAUGCCUUUUUUUUAGAAGAGUUCCGGGAGAUUGCCUAUGGCAGCUAUUUAAAUUACUUUUUUCAAAAACAAAAUAUGUUAAAAUACAGCCAAAAGCUACUGUAAGAUGUAUACAAAUUUUCACCUUAAUCAAUUAAAGGGUUUUCUCUAGAAAAAUUCUAGAAAAAUCCACGUAUAUAACCCCUUAACCAUCCUCCCACAAAUAUGCACAAACUGGAGUCUAACUCCUACUUUGUAGAGCCGGCUGUCACAUAAAAAUUGGUUUUUCAUACAAACAAGUGUCGUCUUGUGAUGCAUAGUAAAUCGAUGAAUUUAACAUAAGUUUCUGGAAAAUUGCUUCUAUCUUCCCGAAACAUCAGUGCAACUUUCGCGUUUGCAGAUUAUGAGACAUUGAUAUAGCGUGUCGAGUUUAUUGCGGGUGCAAAAUGGGUCCUAAAAUUGCAGGAACGUGAGACAAUAAAGACAAAUUGGGCAAUAGAACUUUCUGGAAUUUAGAUCCUCCACAGGAAGAUUGCUUUUUAAUAACUCAAUACUUUAGCCUUAAGUAAUUAGAUCUUUUCGCCUAUCUUUUACAUAAAAACCUAUUGAUAAAAAUUCGUGGAGUCUGCCGUACUUUUUCUGGGACAUAUAUAAUUUCCACUUGAAGCAGAGCUUAAUUACUGAUAAAGCAUUCUAAUCACUUUUGCGAACGUUCGAUCAAACUUGUUCGCUUUAAUAUUAUUUAAUGAAAUGAAUUCUGGCUUGAUUUUUGAAUUGGUCCUAUCUGACAAGCUUUAUUAUGCCAAUGUAAGACGCAAGAUAAUCUUUCAAGUAUGUAUGAUUGUAUUUGAUGGAUAGAACCUAUUGAAAAAUUCAAACCAAUAUUAGAAUCCAUUCCGCUUGAUGCAAAGUGUGUUUAUCACUUUUCAUUGCGUCAGUAUUUACACGUUAGUAACACGAUAUUCUCUAAUCAGUUCAAAUUAUAUGAUACCGGACAGACAUAUUUUUUAAUUUUUUUCUUGAAUCUUGAAAUUUCCAGGCUUUUUAGCAGAGUAGCCAAAAAAACGAGAAAAAAUUCCUGGUAUCUGAUUGGCUUAUUUUCUUAUUUGAGAAUUAUGGAAUCGAAACAACUUAAGCAAUAUUUAGUAGUAUGUUGGUCUCUUAGCAUAAAAAUUUUAGAUAUGUUUCUCGUUUUAAAUAAAAGAAGCCUCUUGCUAAAAACGUUAGUAAAAUAGCAAAAAAACAAAAGAAACAGAUAAGACUGGAUUCAAAAUUUCUUUUCACCUCCCCAGCUGCAUAUAAUGAAUAUUGUAAACCACAAAACGGCAAACGUUCUAGAAUUAAAUGCUAUAUAAUGUGUCUAAACCUGUACCCAGAAAAUUCCCUUUUUUGAAACUGAGAUCAAAUGAAGGUGCAAAUUUUGUGAGCUCAUGCAUUGCCUACCAUAACAUACCAUUUUUGUUGUCGAAAGUAAAUAUUUAAAUAAGCUUCCAAUGCUUUACGGCGUUGUAACACGUAGAUGAUUCAAAGCCAUGUUUUUAAAAUUGGUGCCGGUUCAUUCACUUUUCGCUUCGAUUGUAACUUCUGAUCGAAAUAAAAAAUCGAGGUAUACAUUUUAAACUUUGGAUAUUUUUUAUGUUUUUUUUGGAUAUUCGUAAUUGAAAAUUUUCAGCCCACCUCUUGGAAAGGAAGUAUUGGUUAUUCCAUCAAAUUAGAAUAACAUUCCUAGUACGCUAGCAAGAGCUUAUCGAAUCUGCGAUACAAGCCAUUCAAUGAUAAUAAGGGCGUUUUUUGGAAGUUGGUCAUCGAUCAUAUGGUUAAAUGACUCGUUUCGAUUUUCGAAGACGAAAUGCUAUUUUAAAACUUAAAAAUUGCUCUUAAGUAUGUUUCAAAAUAAUUAUGAGUUAUUGAACAAUAAUUGUUAAUAAAGUUAUUGAUUACUAUUAUGAGCAGUGCAUGGGGUAUCACAAUAUUGAAUGUUUUGCUAGAGAUUUUAUCGAACAUCUGGCUUAAUACACAACGAACCGUCAUGAUUGUAAAAUUUGGAGCAAGGUUACUCAUUCUCCAAACUCAAUGUACAAUUCUGAAAAAAAAUAUUCACACCUUUUUAUUAACAGAAUGAUUGCAUGAAUAAAAAGCAGAAGCAUGAAGAAGUGAACUAAUUAUUUCCAAGUUAUAUUUUUAUACAAAAAAAUGUAAAAGAAAAAAUUAAAAAGUAAAACAGAAAAAAAUAACUAUAAAAAUAUAAAAAACUACGAAAAAUCAUCAUAAAAACAAAUAUAACACUUGCAUUAGUAAGGUAACUCGAAAUUCUAUCUACCUAUGCAAAAAAUCGAAGAUCGAGCAGAACUUAUUAUAAAAAAGAGAGAACAUUUUUGCAUUGUUGCCAUAUAUUUUUAUUACUGUGUUAAGAUGAUACGAGAAAUAGAAACGGCAUUGGUAAAUGGUACUUGUGUAUCUUCUCUAUCAAAAUUAAGAUUUACAAUAUAAAAAAGCCAACCACACGUUUUUAAUUCGCGUUGACGAUAGAGAUUUCGAAUUCCGCUCACACUUAUACGAAAUCUCUCAAGGUACAGUAAUAAUGUCCUACUUACAAACAAACGUAAACAUUUUUCAUUGCAUUAUUUCUCACCAAAAAGAACAGGAAAAAAAUGACACAGUUAACACGAAUCAGUGGUACAGUGGAUUAUUUGUCAGGAAUAUUAGUCGAGUCAUGAGUCCGAAGCAAAAUAUUUUGAAUUAUCUUCCGGUUCGGUUUUUGCACGAAAUAAAAGAUGUAGCUUUAAAACCAUGAAUCGGCAUAAAUGCAAAUCAAUCGUUUGUUGAAAAAGAAAAUAUGGAUUUUCGAAAUAAAGUUUGUAUA